UGAACGCGAGCACUUCCUGGAUCUGGACUGUCCCACCGCGCAUGGGACGCCGCUUAAACCCAUCCAUCCAUCCCACAGCCUCGUGGGUCAGUUAUAUGCCUCCUAUCUCAUGUUACACGCACAAUCCCGUUCUCCGUGUGGACAGGCGCGCGGAGCGUCGCGGUACGAGCUCAUUCUAACAGGUGGCGAGCGAUUCCAGGUGCAGCAGUUCAUCACUGAGCGACGGACGCUGAGAGGAUCGUUCGCUUCUUGUUAAAAGCAAUUCGUGGGCUCCUACGCGUAUUAACAUAGUCUAAUCAUCGUAUUUAGGGUAUUUAGGCGAGGGGCAGAUUGGUUUAAUUAGCCUUCAGCUUACAGGUGGGCGAAAACCGUUUGUAGGACGGCCCCUCUUUCAGUUCCUCAACAGGAGACGCGGGACUGUCAUUUGUUUGCCAUCCUGUGGGACAGAAGAAACGGCUCCGUUAACAGGUGCGAGGAUAGACGAAUACACCGGCGUUCAGUCGCGUGUUUGUGCAGAACGCGAUUUUAAGAAUAUUUCUAUUGGUGUUCGCCGUAAAUUAGGAGCUUUAUCUACAUAUCUAGCAUAUCUUCAAAGCCUCUUUCGUACCGGAGGAGGACCGAGAAAGCCAUGUCAACCAAAAAACGGGUGGAUUUAACGAGAAGGAGCCGAAGCCCCGCGGUGUCCGAGGCGGACAUGUUUGGUGAUUUUCAGGAGUGGUGCCUCCGCACUUACGGGGACUCCGGCAAAACAAAGACCGUCACCCGGCGAAAAUACAACAAAAUUCUGCAGACCCUCUUACAGAGCGACGACUCGGAGGGCGUCUAUAUCGAGAGCAACCACAUCAACGCCAAAUUUAAGUUCUGGGUCAAAUCCAAAGGUUUCCAGGUGGGCAACACUGACGGCAAGCCGAACGAGAACGGAGCAGCGGACAGACCGGUCUUGUACGUCCCCAUCAAGGCAACGUGUGUGGAUGGGGGCUCAGGGCUGGAGAACUCCUUUCUCAAGCGGGUCGCUGUGGUGGAGGACUUCUAUGACAUCAUCUAUGCCAUGCACGUGGAGAUCAGCUCCGACCCGGCCAAAGCACCCAAACACGCCGGACAGAAGAAAACGUAUAAAGCGAUAGCGGAGACAUAUGCGUUCCUGCCCAGAGAGGCGGUGACCCGUUUCCUGAUGAGCUGUGGAGAAUGUCAGAAGAGGAUGCACAUCAGCCCCAGCGGAGCAGAGUUCAAAGAAAACAACCAACCAACUUCUCUGGUGGCUGAUCUCAUAGACUACAACAUGCCCCUCACAACAACCUACUUGAAACAGAAGAAACUACAGUGCAUGAACAACAACGAGCAGGAUGACUGUUCAGUGAGUAGUGAGGAGUUUGAUAUGAGUGACCCCACAUGGAUAUCAGCUGAACGUCACGCUGCACUGCCUGACCUGAACCACACCUCCAGCACAGAUAGGAUGCACAGCCCGCAAAACACACACAAGGAAGAGGACGAUGAUUCAUCUUCUGAAAGUGGGAGUGGCAAUGGGAUUCGCACACUGACUCCUCCCUCAGUAGGUGUGGCCGGAGUGAGUGACAGUACGGGGACGGGGCCCAGAUCGGGCUCGUACGCUGAGGUUAACGGCAACGGAAACGGUACCGCGGCGCCACUCGACUUCAGCACGACUUCCUCGUCCUCAUCCUCAGAGGACCAGCAACCAGUCAACCUCAGCGACAGACUGAGUCAGGCCCUGCCUAGUGCUGCCGCCAUGCUGGCGACCUUUAACCCUGAGCACGCAGAGGAGCUGCGCAGAAAAUACCCCAAAUCCUCAGAGCUACGCCUUGACCGAGAUAUCAGGGACUUUAAUAACAAGUCUCCUCAAUACAGUUCAGGCAGCUAUGAUUCAAUAAAGAUUGAGAUAUGCCCUGAAGAUCUAACUGUUGGUCGGCCUCAGGCGGCUGACGAUGAUGACGAUGACCAUGAUGACCACGACGAUAGCGAUAAGAUCAAUGAUGUAGAAGGAGUGGAUCCAGAGAGGUUGAAGGCUUUUAAUAUGUUUGUGCGUCUCUUUGUGGAUGAGAACCUGGACCGUAUGGUGCCAAUCUCUAAACAGCCUAAAGAGAAGAUCCAGGCCAUUAUUGAGUCCUGCAGCCGUCAGUUCCCAGAGUUCCAGGAACGCGCUCGCAAACGCAUUCGUACCUACCUCAAAUCCUGUCGCCGGAUGAAGAAGAACGGCAUGGAGCAGACUCGACCCACGCCACCCCACCUGACCUCAGCCCUGGCUGAGAACAUUCUAGCAGCCGCCUGUGAGAGUGAAUCACGCAAAGCUGCCAAAAGAAUGCGCAUGGAUGUAUACCAGGCACACGAUGAGACAUUAUCUCUGGAUAAGGCAGUCUCUCGUGAGCCGGUCUCGCUGACCCACUCUGCGUACUCCCUUGCUGCCUCGGCCUACUCCCAGGACCAGCUAUACAUUAAUGGAGGCCUCAACUACAGUUAUCGUGGUUUUGGUGGACUGUGUGCCAGCAUGCAACACCCUGCGUCCCUGACAACAGCUACCACCCAGACCAACGGGCCUACUGAUCUCAGUAUGAAGUCUCUGGCCUCAAAUUCGUCCCCGUCAAGCUCCAGUAGUCUCGGCAGGAACGGAGGAGGAGGCGGGGCUUCCGCUCAGCUCAGCCAUACAGAAGUGGCGGCAGUGCGUCAGCUGAUCGCAGGAUACCGUGAGUCUGCGGCCUUCCUGCUACGAUCGGCAGAUGAGCUGGAGAACCUCAUACUACAACAGAACUGAACCGAUUCUCAACACUCUGUCUAAACACAUACCCUCGUCCCUCACAUGAUCCUCAUCAGAGGUUUUCCAGUCACUGAGAAAAACCAUCUGGCUCUUAAAGAUGUUAGAAAAGAGAGAAAACACACAGCUUCAUCAAGCUUUUGCUUUUAUAUCAUUUCGACGAGAAUGCCCAAGAGAUGGAGAUGAAUCUCUGAAGGACACUGCGGUGCAGAAGCGCACGGUUCGAUGCGUCCUCUACAUACUGCUCCCACAUUUCAUGCCUUCUCCACGGCCUCCCUCUGUUUAACCGCCAUUCGUUCCCCACUGAGAGCCAUCGAUUUCUGAUUUUCUUUGCUUUUAGCUACUUCAAAGGAGGAAUUACGGCACGCCAGUCCUCCAGACGAAUGAAGACACUUUUGAUUUAGAGGCGUAAUGGAAAGAAAGAAGAUAAAAAAAACUAAUAGACCUUUGUAGUUGCUGUAAAUAAGCACUCGCAGUGUCCUGAAGCACUUUUCCAUUCGUUCUGACCUCUGAAUCAUUAAUUUAUGCAUAUACUGUAGAUACACAGGUGGAAGCUCACCUGGAAAUACCUCAGCCUGUCUGUCCCGCUCUCUCUCUCCCAGCGUUCCCCUCUCUGUGUGUGGGAGAAGAAAAUGAUCACUUGUCCGUCCUCUACUUCACAGUCCACUGAUUUGGGCAUCGAAAGCAGAGAGUGGGAGUGAAUUUGUUUCUGUAAUUGAACUGCAGAUUUUCUUUUCCACCUCCUCCAAAUGUGUUGUACUGUAUAUAUUCCAAUCCAUUUUAAGGUAUUGAUGGCAAAAAUACACUGGACUUGUUUUGGGAAUGGACCUUUCCUGAUGCAUUUAACAGAUGCCAACUCUUUGUUUCCUCUGUACGGGUCACCCUCUGUUCUCCUCUUCUCUAUGUGUCCUUCCAUUUCUCCUGUACGUCCUCUCUCCUCCUCCACCUUAUUAUUCUGCUCUGGAGGGAGAUGGAGAAUGGAAGCUUGUUAGUCUUUUAUCUGUUGACUUCUCUUAAUGGCCAUUAAUCCACUCUGCUGCUAUGGACUCCAACGUAACGCCACAGACCUGAAACCUCAAGCCUCCCAAACACAACCAGAGCACCUCAAGGCGAAAAAAAAAAAAUACCAAGGCAAAAAAAAGUCCGAAAUGGAAGCCAAAUCCAAAAGAAAGAUAAAAAAAAAAAACUGCCGUUUUGCAUUCUGGUCGAGAGUGUUUGAUUUAAUACUGAGGGCUGCUUGUGUUUGCUUUUGUUUGAUUUGUUGUAAAAGCGCGGUGUGUGCUUAAAUCUCAAGAUCAACUGGGAUCAAACCGUCUUUGGCACAAGAGCUUGGCACGCACUCAUACACGAACACACGUACGACACGAACAGACCCGCUAAAGGGUCUUUAGUGAACUGAAUAUUUAACAGGAGAGGUUUAAAAAUGUGUAGUUAGUGAGGUAGAUUUGUUUAGGGACUGACUGACAGUCAUGUCACUGUAAUUUGCUCCAUUUGCACACAGAGGCAGCGCUAAUCUGUGAUUGAGGAGCUCGGCGCCGGCUCCGUGUUGCACUGCUAGUGGGGGAUGGAGAAAGAAUAUCGCAAUGCAGAAGAUAAUCAAACGCAUUUCUGGCCCUAAAGGAGACAGACUAAUACAGAGAGGCUACCAUGACAUGACAUUCAUAAUCACAUGACCGGGACCUACUUAUGAUUGAAAGCCAUGAUGAUGUGUGCACUUGUGCAAUUUUGACACCCCUGCUCAAAACACAACAGUGCACAUGUAGAAGUAAUGUUUUCUUGAUGUGUUAUAUUUAUGGUAGGCCUUCACAGUCCAGCCUCCCACUUCGAUAUUGAGUUAUUGAUUAGAAUUGCUAUAGAUGUGAAGACAUAUGCAAAAUUGACAGCGUGAGGCCUCUGCUCUGUUUAACAUUGCUCUGAUCACAAAAGGGUCCUUGACCUCUCUCAUCUCUGACUGGCUUUGCUAUUUCUUUUAUUUCAGGAGAGAACUUACAGUAAUUAGGAAAUAAGGGGAGAUAUUUAAAUAUUUAAUAAUAUUUAAAAAUGUUACAUUUCCAAGUUUAAAAACAAAAUAAAUAAAAUAAGAAACCUUAAUGCAUGCUUUAUACAUAUAUACAGUAUGUAAUACAUUUAUUUGAAAUAUUUUUUAAUUCAAUUGACAAAUUUGAAAAACAAGUCCUCUCUCCUUAUGUUCUAUGCUGUUGCCAUUUCUGUUCAUCUCUCUCUGUCUCACCUGCUUUUCUUUUCCACGUUGUCCGCAGUAGACACAGAUGUUGAGAGGUCAGGUAAUAGAGAAUUGUAGCUGCUGUCUCGGUCAUCGGUCUUUCUCUCGUUGAGGUCUGAUAUGGGUCCCGCUGCUGAUUAUACGCCAACCACACAUGCUACCGAGCUCUUCUCUGGAUUUCUAAAACCGUACAACGGAGACGGAAUUGCAAACCGCAUCUGUGUGAAAAGAAGCCGAAAAAAGCGAAGCGUUCAUCUGUUCGUACGGUGUUUCUUCUCUCCAGUUCACUCAAGGACAGCUACUGAAAAACAAACUGUAAAACAAGGCAAACGACAAUCUUGACAAAGGUGUAACUAGUUCACAGUUUUGUUUCCAUGCUCUGUGUUUUUCGUGUGCGCUCGUACAGCGCAGUGUGUCCCGGGAGAGUGAGGGCUAUUUUAGCCAUAAUCAGAGCAUCUCUCUCUCUUGGAUCCGAGUUCUCACGCUAGCCGCUGAGGACGCCUUGUGGCCCACUGUCGAAAACCUUUUUAUCCGAUUCCUAUUUUUAUUAUAAUUAUCUCAAUUACUAUUAUUUUGUAAUUCUUUUUGUAUGGCAAGUGGUCUUUUCAGAACCGUUUUGUACCGACAUCACAUGUGAAGUUUGUCCUGUAUGCCUAUAACAUUCCAAACAAGGAUGUCAACAUGCCAAGCAGCCAGCCAAACCACGGUCACAUCGGAUUGCAGAUACACACACCGAGGGCGAAAUCAAUCCCACGCCGCACAGGCUUUAAAGUGUUAGUUACGUCGAGAGCCUGAUGCCUGAUUUCCCUUGCGCCACAAACCCCAAAGAACUGUUAUCUCUGUACUGUAUGACUGAGAUGUUUGGGAAACUGUUUUCUGAUUAGUUAUGCGCCGUGCCUUUAAAGGGGCUUAACCGAACUGAUUGUCAUAUAUAUAUAUAUACACACGUAUGUCCCUUUAUUGUAUUAGAAACCCCUUCAGCUCUCCAUAUCUGCUGUCAUAUGGUACCUCAGAGCCCCUUCAAGGUGUCUUUUUUUGUUCAAUCAGCACCGAGAUCUACUGUGAUAUAAACUAAACAGGCCACCUGUCAUUAAGACACCACACACAAACACAUACGGGUUCAGGCUUUGCAUUCAGGUGUGACUCUGGUUAUGGUUGCUGCUAAACUACACAACUUAAGAAAAAUGCUCUGGUUUGAUCAGAUGUAAAGCUCUGAAAAAAAAGAAAGAAAUGGAAGAAGAAAAAAACAACUUGACUUUUAUUUUUCUACCACAGUGGUGUACAGCUGCAUUCAAGUUCAUGUGGUUCCCCUGUUUUAGUCUGUUCUCUUUUCUAAUUUGUUGGUGCUUUGGAUCUUUACCAUCCCGUCUCGGUUUCCUCCUGAUUUCUCCUGUAUAAGGAGCUGCUGCUGUCGGCUCUGGUUUUGAUAUGUACCUAAUACCAAUGUGAAACUGUCUCUUUCCUUCUCAUUUUGGACUCAGUGGAAGUGUGAUGUUUACAUGUACAGAUUUUUCAGAUUCGCUUUCUUUUUUGUUGUUGUUCUCAUUUUGUUGUUGUUUUUAAUUCAAAUGCUUUCCCUUCUUCUGUUCGGGCACUGCUUAAUUUGAUCUGAUUCCUUUAUAGUGAAGGGAAAUGGGACUUGCAGCAAUUUUCCAUGCAUUUACAGUAAGACAAGACAGUGUUUUUGUUUGGGAGACCCCCAUCACUGACCCCAAUCACUUUCUUUAACUGCUGUCAACAUACACAAAAUGAAGAAGGUUUGUUGUAAAUGAAUCUUUUCCUCUGACCAUUAGGGACAACACGGCCGUCUGUUCCUUAAUGAUUAAAAGCCAUUAUCACACCCUUCGUUGUGUGCAGACAUCAAGUAUUAGAAUAAGAACAGCAGAGUGAAAACCUCAGGUAAAUUAUUGCUGGUUUAUAUUUGAACAAGAAGUCCUAUCGGCAACCCAUUUCCCACUUAAAUACCAUAAUAUAUAUAAAAUUAAUCUUUUUUUAUUUUUUUUAUUUAUUGUGUUAUAUAUGAAUACUUUUUCAGUACAUGUGGCUAAAUAUUUUAAUUCUUUAGAAAAGUGUUGAUGCAUACAUAUGUGAAGAAACUGAAAGACUGAAUGAAAAUGAAAAAAAAAAAUCAAUUUUUGUGUUUAAUGCAAACAGCAUGGGCGGCUCCUAACAUAUCACUUUCAUUAAUGAAAACCAAUGAUUUGAGAUGAAGCUUUCUCCAGUGGGAUGUCACUGACAUGACAUUGUGACUUUUUUUUCCUCCCAAGCUGUACGUCACAAAGCUAAAUAUACUAAUAAAACAGUGUGCUAUAUAUCAAA